AUGGGAUUCAAGGUGUUCGAGGAGGAAGAAAGUGUAGAGAAUACACAACAACCUACUGCCAUUAACAAACAAACUCUCAAUGUUCUUGGUACGCGUAACAUCCAAAAAUCGUCAUCCGCACCAUCCAAAUUGGAAAACGUCGCUACCGAGAAGGUGCAAAGGGGACCAAAAGUAAACGCACGUAGGCAAGCAUUAGCGGAUGCUGCAGCUUUACCACCUAAGAAGCAAAUAGCUCAAUUGAAGAAAUCCUCUAUCAAGAAGACAGAAGGGAUGUCAGCAGAUGAAAUUAGAAGAUUGCGUCGUGCUGAGCUAUUACGCAAGCAGGGAGUGCUUAGCGAUACGAAGAAGCCAAGUUUCAGUCUAUAG